AAUGCUUAGUUCCGGUGCAACUUCCUUCAAACAUACAAGGGAUAUUGGUUUCAUAUGUUAGCAGACGCUUUAUCCAUCCCUGUGCAAUAUUGAAUCCGAGUUUGAAUCCGGCCCGUGUCUUUCCGGCUUUGAUCACCCACCAUGAUGCGUUACUGGGGCGAGAUCCCUGGGCCGGCGGGGGCUCCUCCCAGUCGCAGCUCCUUUGACUUGCUCCAGCGCGAGUUCCGCUCGGUGGAAAUGCAGGACCCUCCCCUGCACCAGCCCUCGGCCCAGCGCCCGCGGCCCACCACCAUGUUGGACAUCCCCUCGGAGCCCUGCAGCCUCACCAUCCACACAGUGCAGCUGUGUCAGCAUGCCCGUCGCCUCCGUGGUCUCCUGUCGGCGGCUCAGGGUCAGAGCUCGGCGUCCUCUGAGGGUGGCAGCAAGCUAGAGGAGGCUGAUGCCAACCUGCCUCUGCGUCCUCCCACCCCACCUGUUAUGCCAGAUGACUUGCUACCCGUGGACAGCAAAGCCCCGCGGCAGCCCUUCCUGCUCCGCCACAGUGACCCUGAGAGUGACUUCUAUAAGGGUAAAGGCGAGCCCGUCACGGAGCUGAGUUGGCCCUCCUGCAGGCCGCUCCUCUACCAGUCUGUGGCCACCAUCUUGGCCCACGCUGGCUUCGAGUCGGCCCAGGAGAGCGUGCUGGAGACCCUGACCGACCUCGUUAAUGAGCAUUACCUGCGCCUCUCUCGCAUGCUGCGCGUGGCGGUGGACCGCGAGGCUCGGCUAGGAGCGAGUUCCUUCCCAGACGUGGUGGAGCAAGUGUUCCACGAGGUGGGCAUUGGCAGCGUGCUGGCCCUGCAGCGCUUCUGGCAAGUGCGGAUCAAGGACUAUCACAGCUACAUGCUGCAGAUGAGCAAAGAUCUGUCGGAGGAAUAUGAACGACUGGUGAACCCAGAGAAGGCUCUGGAGGACUCCAAGCCCCCAAGGAUCAAGGAGGAGCCCAUGAGUGAUAUCUCCUUCCCCGUUAGCGAGGAGCCUGAGGCUGACUUGGCCUCUGGGGACCAAGCUCUGCCCAUGGGGGUCCUCGGGGCCCACGGUGAGAGGCUGGCUUCGGGUCUGGAUGGUGACCAUUCUCCUCGCGCCUCAGGUGGGGGUGGGACCAACAACUCCCCACUGUGGCCACAGGUAAAAAUGGAGCCGCAGGAUGUCGAGGAGGGCCAGGGCGCUGGCCACCACCACCACCACCAUCACCACCACGCCGUCUUGGGCGGAGAUGUGUUCGAGGAGGGCGGGCCCAUGUCCACCUUGAGCGAGUCGGGAGGAGCCAUGGCACCCUCUCCCGGGGGUGCGGCGUCAGAUGCCAGCUACGCGUCGCAUUCGCCAGACUCCUUGAUGGCCGCCUCGCCCGUCUUCAACCAAAGGCCCAAAAAACGGGCGAGGAAGAUGUGAGGACAUAUUGGUGGACGGCGGAAGCCCUGAGAAGUGGACUCUGAACUCACCAGCAGCAGACAAAAUCUGGCGGUGAAUCACACCAGCUGUGCAGCUGUUGAUAUUAACGGCCACUCCAUAAAAUGACGUAAAUGUGUUGAAUGACCUGAACUGAUUGGGGGGGGGGGGGGUCGUUUUUUUAGUUUGUAUAGUUUCUCUCGAAGACAUUGAAUUCAUAACGGGGUUUAUUGUUAAAAGAAUAAACAUCUUUCAGAGUAUCAGUUUUGUCUGUUUGAGUUUUAUGAAGUGCUUUUCAGAAAAUAUAGGAGGUGACAAUUAGCCCUAAUGAAUUGGAGAACAGGAAAAACUAAGUGGACCAAAAGCAAAUCAUUUUGUCAAACAGCUUAAUAAUUCAGCAGAAUGGGUUUGUUUUCGUAGAGCUAUUGAGUCCCUUUCUCCUCGCAUACCAAUUACUCCCAUUCAUUAGGAUUACAAGAUGCUCCACCAAAGGACAACACCCCCGUCAUGAAGAUGCCGCUGUAUAUUAUGAUGUAUUCCCUUUCUGCGGUACACUUUACUGUACAUGUAGCCCAACACGGCGGAACGAUCUACAAACGCACACACACACACAACUACUUCACACACCUGUCAACCUGAAGCCGCUCUGCUAAAUUAGCAUCUGUUUCAGUAAUGAGGCAAAGCUGCGAAACGCAACGCCAGAGGCAAUUAUGGCUUGGUUGUCUGCAUCGUGACGACGACAU